AUGCUGAUCGAAGGCGAUGUGUUUCUGCAGACCGGACGACGUCCACGGCAUCGUGCCAUACCGGUGAUGAGAGCCGAUGCCAGGACGGCUGAUCGAAUCACAUUCAAGGAAUGGCUUCGUGAGGUGGCGAACCUACGAAAAGCGAUUAAAAUCAACUUUCGAUCGACGGAAGUGAUACGACCAGUGCUACAGUACCUGUACGCGUCUCAAGCGGAUCCAUUUGCACCUGUUCUACAGUAUCCGGUCAUACUUCAUGCUAAUGUUUUUCGAUCAGCGAGAAGUGCGGAGAAUGUCGUUGAUCCGUCGUCCUUCGUCGAUCGAGCACGUCGCCUCUUCCCAGAUGCGACACUUUCGUUGGGGUGGACGAAACAAUCCAACUAUAAACUCCUGAAUCCGAAGUAUAAACGGCUCACUUGGAGACAACUGUUCCAAAUUCUCGAAUACAUUGCUCGUCUCGACCAGCCCGUUAUGCUAUCUGUUCGGCUGUCUGUGCUUGGCGAUGGACAUAAGCUGCUGGUCUCUUCUCAUCUGGAGCUUGACGAAGACGACACGGACAUUGAUUGGCAAAUUCGUCGAUUGGCCACGAAAAAUCGAGUACUGUAUGAUUUGUUGCCACGUCACCGAGAAAUCAUUCAGCGGAUACCCAUCCAGCCACUGAUAGUGAAGAAUGAACCAACUUUCUCGCUAUCCGAGUGGAGAGCUGUCGAAUUCGCCACUUCACAGGAUAUGCUCUCAACGGUGAUUCGAUCGAAGAGAGGUGCAGUAUUUCUGGGACAUCCAGCCGCGUUACUGCUUUCUCAGACGCCACCACCGCUAUUCCCAAGCGCUCAACAUGUCGAAGGAAGGGUGCGU